UUUCCUUCAGUCUCAGGAUUCUUACAAUUUUCCAUGUCAUUUCUCACUGUCGCAACCACCGACCGACGUCCCUCAACAUAAAAACUCUCCUCCUUUCUUUUUCAUCAGCCUCUCUCCGACUUCCCCAAUCGCGUCCGAUUCUCUCUGUCCCGCCACCAAUUUUCUCAGUCAAUGCCCGUGGCCGAACGGCGGUCAGCUGCAGCCAUGGAAAACGGCGUCGUAGAGAACGGUGUCUGCUCGUCGGAGUCGGCUACCGGGAGUCGCUACGUUUGGAGCUCCAAGGAGUCCGAAUAUUCCUCCGCUGAUCAUCUCGUUGUCAUGGUCCAUGGAAUCAUGGGAACUGCCGCGGAUUGGAAGUUUGGGGCGGAGCAAUUUGUUAAAACACUUCCAGACAAAGUUAUUGUUCAUUGUAGUGAACGGAAUGGCUCUAGGCUGACUCUAGAUGGUGUGGAUGUAAUGGGGGAGCGAUUGGCAGAGGAGGUUAUCGAACUGACUCGAAAAAAACCUAAUCUACGAAAGAUCUCAUUUAUUGGACAUUCUGUUGGAGGAUUAGUGGCAAGAUAUGCAAUUGGGAGGCUAUAUAGACCCGGUCCCCCUAAAAGUGACAAUACGGAACCUAAAAGUGAGAAUACGGAACAUUCAUCUCCUGAUGGAUGUGAAGAGGAUGCAAGGAGUACAUUAGCUGGCUUGGAGCCUUUGAACUUUAUUACUGUUGCCACGCCUCAUCUUGGAUCAAGGGGUAACAAGCAGGUGCCAUUUCUCUUUGGUGUACCUGCCUUUGAAAGACUUGCUAGUGCGGUUAUUCAUUUGAUAUUUAGGAGAACAGGUCGGCAUCUUUUUCUUAAUGAUGACGAUGAUGGGAAGCCUCCACUGCUUAAACGAAUGAUAGAAGAUUGUGAUGGUUGUUAUUUCAUGUCUGCAUUGCGUAGUUUUAAGCGGAGGGUGGUGUAUUCAAACGUGGGCUAUGACCAUAUUGUCGGCUGGAAAACAUCAUGUAUUAGACGUAAUAGCGAACUUCCAAAGUGGGAAAAUACUGUUGACGAAAAAUAUCCGCAUAUUGUUUAUGAAGAACACUGCAAGGCCUAUGAUGCUGAGCAGUGUGAGCCUGCUUCAGCAGAAGAUGGUGGCUCUGGCGAGCUUGAAGAGGAACUUUUGAAAGGCCUAUCUCGCCUGUCUUGGGAAAAAGUAGAUGUUAGUUUCCACAGCAGCAGACGGAGAUUUUCUGCUCAUAGUGUCAUUCAGGUUUCUCUCUCUCUCCCUCCCUCUCCCACACACGCACACACCCGCAUGCUCACACCAUACGCUAAAGAAACAAAUAUGCACUCUGAACAUUUUACAGGUCAAAGAUCAAAGUGUACAUAUAGAAGGUGAAGAUGUCAUACGCCAUAUAAUGGAUCAUUUCCUUAAGUAAAACCUAAUGAUCGCUAGAAGAAUUGACAUUGCGACGUGGGCCUACUGUGUGGUUCUUUCAGUAACGCUACGCUGAGUGCAGAGAAAUCCGUGAUAUCUGCACCGUUGAAUGGUGUCUCAAUAACUGGCCGAAAGAAGAAUGUAUCUGUAUUUUAUUGGUGCAUUGCAGCUUGCAGCCGAAGGCAUUCGGUUACUAGACCGAAAAGCUGUGCACCAAAUGUGUUCAAUUCAAGCAAGCUACGAGAUAGAAAUUCGUAUAUUCGUUGUGAUAUGCGAUGUAUAUGUAUAUGAACCAAGACCUUUAUUAUAAAAGGCAAAAUUUCCAUUUCUUAUUGCUACUAUCUCCUCUUUACUUUUUGCACUUCUUUCCGUUUACAGAAAGACAAUGCAAACUCUGGUUGCAUGGAUUUGUAUCUGCAAAGCGUUAUCUAUAACAGAAUUAUAAAUAGAAGAAUUCAUUUUCAGUG